AUGACGGACGGCACGGAGAUUGAUGAAACUUCGAUUGAUUCAUUAUCCGCCAACGAAUAUGAUGAAGAAUCCAACAACUAUUUGGAAAUGAUCUAUGACCAUUUGGAAACUCUUGCGGAAGAACGUGGCGAAAUCGAAGCAGACUUGAAUCUGGGUGUCUUACAAUUCGACUUUCCCCCGAAUGGACUGUAUUUUAUCCAUAAACAACCCCUGAACAAACAAAUUUGGUUGCUGAGCCCUAUAACUGGUCCUAAAAGGUAUGAUAGCAUUAAUGGCAAGUGGACUACUUUGAGAGAUGGCACAACUCUCACUGAAUUGUUGGAAGACGAAUUUGGCAAGGCAUUAGGGGUUGAGUUUAAGUUUGACAGCAGUGAGCACUAG